AUGCCGUGUGAUGGAGAGGGAGGAUGGUAUGAUUUCAACGAUGACAGAGAAGGAACAUUUUUAAAUGCCACAUCACUCAUCGAUCAAUGGUUAUUCAAUCACAAAAUUCCUACUAAAUUAUCAACAACAUGUGAUUCUUAUGUGAGUCCUCUAGAUAAUUUUCUCUUUCUUUCGGUUGGAGGAGAAACAAGUGAAGACAUUGAAAUAGAUGAUGAACAAUCACCCUAUAUGAGAGAUUCGAAAAUUGUUGAUGGAGAGAGAUUUGCAACAUUUGACAGUGUCGAAGAAAUGAAAAUGACAUUCACUUCGAUUGAAUUACACAACUCUGCUGACAAUUCUUAUAAAGCAAUUGUGCCACGAAUGGAUAAUGAUAUUCUCUCAAUAGAUAUUGAUUUGGAAGCUAUUUAUGACCGUUAUCUUGAUCCUUUGCAAAUUAUUGAUAUAAUCUGGAAGGGUGCUGCAUACAGUAGUCAGAAGAAAUCAAUUGCAGGUGAAAAUGACAAGAAGUUUAAAUUGACAAUCGAAGAUCAUGUGUUGGCUUUGAUAUUUGAGUUUAUUGAUACCAAAUUUCUCAUUGAAAAAUGUUCAUUUGUUAGUUCAAAGUGGCAUAAGAUAAUUUUAUACGAUUCUAAUACUGUCAAUCAGAUAUUUAUGAGUAGAACAUUGAGUUAUUUCAAAGAUGAGAGUGAUUCCUUAAGAAAGUUAAAUCAGUGGUAUGACCUUGAUUGGUUGCAGACAUAUUUUGUUUGUGGAAUGUUCCAAUUUGAGUUAUUUGGAGAAAGAAUUAUUGAAGAGUUUAACCGGCUUGCAUCUGCUGAGGACAAGACUUUCUUUUUCAUGAUUUUGAACUUUGACCCAUUGCAAAAUUUGAGAUUUCUUCCAGAACAACACAUUCUCAUGCAAAGAUUAGCCAAAAUUCAAACAAAGAAGAUUCUAGUUUCCGUGAAUUGUUUACCACAUACAAUUGAUACCUAUAUUCCACAUGCUGAUCAUUGUUUAGAGUUUAAAAGAGACUCUAGUCUAUUGAAACUCUUUGAGAAGUGCCUAUUUUGUGUGAAAAAGCCAAUUUUAAAGAAUGAACUUUCAGUUGAUUUUGAAAAUACCAUUCCUCUCUAUAUUGAAUUUUUAAAAUCAGUUGCCAAUAGAGUUUCUCCUCAAAUAAGCAAACAGUUGGACCCCCAAGAACUCGAAUGGAUUCACAAAUGCAUGUUGAAAAUGAUAGAAAAGGCAAACUAUUUCAUGGAAAAUAUCUUGCCACAACUUCCUUGCAAUGAAUUAUUGGUCGAAGAUGAUAUAUUAAUUGGCCUACAUUUGAUACUCCUUGAUAAUUAUUAUAUUGAACAGGAAAAUCUAUUCAAACUUUCGGAUAUUGACAUGAGGAAAUUACUAAAUAAUAGAAAGCAACACUCAGAUAAGGUCAGAACAAGUCAUUUACUUCCCCCAGAUUUAAAAAUGGAUUUUUUGGAACUAAUUGCAACACCAAUUAAGAAUGAGGAUUUCAAUUUUAGUAUUGUCAAAUCAGACUUGAUGAAUUCCUUUGAAAAACCAUGCAAUUCAAUUGCAUUCCUCAAGGAACAUGUUGUAGAGCUGAGCGAAUGCAUGCCCUCUUUAGAGGAAACCAAUGAUUGGAUCCAGGAUCAAGUAGAAAAGUAUCUGACCUUCAUCACAACUUGUUUCGAUCCAUCAGAAAUGCCAGACAAGGGUACUGACCUUAUUUUCCACUUACACAUGCUUCAUCCAAUUAAUUUCGUACAAGAUAGCAUUCGACUGACCGAUAGAAUCAAAGCUCACAACUUUAACUUUCAAACUGAAGACCAAUGAUUCGGUCUGUUUGUCCACCUGUUCACACCAAGAUGAUAUUCAAUCACUGUUAAGUACUUGGUUGAACCAAACACAUUAAAAUAGUAAUCAUUAUGUUGUGUUGC